AUGACGAAUACCAGGAGCACGUGGCCCGUGGUUUCAUUGCUAUAUCCGAACGACAUUUCAGUUUCUUUCAACACUGAUGGAGUUGCAGUUUUCCGCAGCUCUAAGAAGGGGGAAUUGUGGCAACUGUACUUUGUUAUCAACGAGCUAUCCACCAGAAUAAGGUAAACAAAUAAAAUGAUAUUAUUUCAAGACAAGAUGACCGUGACGGCUGGCUCAAUUUAGUGAAUGGUGGAUUUAACCCUUGGAUUUAGCGCUUUGCCAAAGCCUUACCCAACCACUUUUCAACUACUUUCAAUUGAAUUUAAAAUAUGUAUUUAUUGUUCAUUAUACUUAAAUAACACACAAAUCUAAUGAAAAAUUCUUUGUGUAUGUGUCUCGUAGGAUGUCCCCCAAAAAUAUGUCGACGUGUGGGUUAUGGUACGCACCUAGUAAACCAAAUAUGCAGGUGUAG